UAUGUAUGUACAUUGCAUGCAUAUAUUUCAGACAUAUGUAUGUAUAUGCAUACACAUAUAUCUAUGGACGUGACAGAUGCAGGCGAUGUGUGGGUGCCUAACAGGAAUGCCUUCUAUAGUGAAGCUCUCGCAGAACACAAGAUAAAGAAGCAGCGGGUCACCGUAUGUGAUUCGUUUCGUCCUAACGUUUCCGUUGCUUUCCGCGAUAUUCCUUGAUAUCUACGCGCGCGGCGAUAUCGCGAUUUUGCUUCUCCCAUAUUUUCUCAAUGUGCGUUUCUGAAUUAGAGGUUACGCUGUCAGCCGCAAUCUGAAGCAAUCUGUAUCCCCCGAUAGGUAUGGUAGAAGAUAGAAAGUAUGAGAUUCCAAGCCGUAUCGAGUGCGACGGAUAUCGAGGUACAUUGAAAUACGUCGGACCCGUUGGGAAUACCAAGGGAGAGUGGUUGGGCAUAGACUGGGACGAUUCGACUCGUGGCAAACACAAUGGCACAUACGAAGGCGUAGAGUAUUUUCAAGCCAGACAUUCCACAUCGGGCUCUUUUAUACGACCGGGUAAAGCCAAAUUUGGGAUAUCUUGUCCGCAAGCUAUUAAAAUGCGUUAUGGGCUAAUCGACGACGAAUUAGCGGGCAUAGAUAGGGACGAGGUAUCGAGUUUGAGGAAAGAGAUCAAUGCGCCGUUUUUGGAACUCGUUGGCUUCUCCAAAGUGAACAAGAAACAGAGCAAGUUUGAUGAGCUGAAGAUAGUAUGGCUGAGAGAACAGUGUGUAUCUGAUGCUGGAGAGCCACAGGAAUUGGAAGAAUUGUGUCCUAAUUUGGAGGAAUUGGAUUUAUCUAGAAAUUUAAUAAACUCAUGGAAAAUAGUAGCAAACAUAUGUUCACAGCUUUGUUCAUUAUUGCGUCUUGAUGUCAGUGAGAAUCAUCUACCUGUUGAAGAUGUGACAGCAUUAAAAAAUUUGUUUCCAACAAUUAAGCAUUUAACUAUAGCUAGAAUGAAUUACAGCUGGUCUGAUAUUUGGCAAUGUAUAUCCAUGUUUCCAUCAAUCGAAGAACUUUCAGUUUCUUUUAAUAUUGUCACCACCAUAGAAGACAUAACUGCAAAUAAUAAUUUAAUGAGAAUAGUUACAUUAAUACUUGAAGGAAAUUUAAUAUCAAGUUGGGAUGAGAUACUUAAACUAGGUUCCCUUCCAUGCUUAGACUAUCUUAAUUUGAAUUUAAAUAAAAUAGAUAGAAUUAGAUUUCCAUCUUCAACAGAUAAGACUGCUUUAUUCCCUACACUACGUCAACUACAUAUUUCAGAAAAUCACAUAUCAGAGUGGCAAUCGAUUAGCGAAUUGGAUAAACUAUCACAUCUAGAAAACUUGAAAUUCAGAGAAAAUCCUAUUUUGGAGAACGAAACUGUAGAGACUACUCGACAACUGAUAAUCGCAAGAAUAGCGAAAUUAAAGAUAUUAAAUGGUACAGAGAUACUUCACGAUGAAAGGAGAGGAGCUGAGUAUGAUUACUUAAAAUUGUAUUUACCAGUGUGGUUAGAAACAGAAAGUAAUUCAGAUAAGAGAACGUCGUUUAUAACCGAACAUCCGCGAUAUCCAAUCUUAGUCGAAAAAUAUGGAAUUGCGGAUAUUCCUUCGGCUAAGCCAAAAGUAGAAAUGAUUUCCAAUGUGAUAACAGUGGAGUUUGUAUGUCCGGACGAUCCGCGUCAGUCAAGAGGGAUCAAGAGAAAGCUACUUAAAGAUAUGGAAGUCCAAAAAAUGAUUGGGCUUGCUCAAAGACUUUUCAAAACUGGUGGAAAGAUUCCGGCUCUUUCAUUUAUUCCACGGAAUCUAUCAAACGAUGAAAUCUCGUUGGAUAAACCGCUGCAAGAACUUAGUUAUUAUUCGAUACAAGAUGGUGAUCAAGUUCUUGUGAGGUGGUGAUAUCGAAUAAAUUAUAUUUAUAGAUACGACUGUAUUUUCUACGCUGUUAAAGUCCGCUCUAUGAUACUUUGUUAUUAAAAUUUUUUUAAUUGCAUCGCAUGUUCUUAAUGGAUCUUGCUAAGAUCGUGAAACCUGAUAACGUAAGUUUAAGUCAACGAGAUAAAUACUUGUCACGCUAUUGGAAAAAAUAUGUCUUAUAUUUUACAUUCCUUAUGAUACAGUUGCGAUCGAAAGUACAAAUUAUAAAUAGGCCUUUGUACAACAAGCAGCAUAUGAAAUAUAUUUUCUGUAAAUGGCACAGAUCACAUUCUGCCUACGUAAAAUGGACUGCUCGGCUUAGUGCCAAUGUCGUACUAUCAAUUCUGCUGAGCCUUUUGUUCAAUCUUGGCAGUCUCUUCUUUUUCAAGUUGUUCUCUCGUCAAUAAUGACAAUCCAAGCUGAUUCUCACGCGUAAAUGGCUGUGCCAUUUGUCGUAACCAUCUUUUACUGAUCUGAAAAUUGUAAAUAAAUAUUAUUACUGGACACAUUGCAAA